AAGCAGCUGUAUGAGAGGAGGGGGAUGUCCGCUGCGCCUCUCUUCUGAAGGAGACAGAAAGCCCAGGGCUCAUCCUUGAAGAGGUGGCACCGAAUGAUGAGGUACAUUACGUCUAAGUUAAUCUUCACCACCGGACUGGUGAUGGGGUUUCUUUCCCUUCGCUUUCUGUUGAUCUCGAACUUUUCAACAGAACAAGCCCCUUUUUUAAUGAGCACUGUCCAGCAUGACGCCAAACGCGAUCUGCAGCGUGUACAUUCAGUUAAGAACACAAGCUCAGAAGCUAAUUCCUCGAACGCAACACGGAUCUUGUGCUGGAUCAUGACGGGCCCCAAGUAUCUGGAAUCCCGAACCAAGCACAUCAGGGAAACCUGGGCCAAGCACUGUGACGUAGUGCUGUACAUGAGCUCCGUUCAGACUGACUUCCCCACCGUGGCGCUGAACGUGAGUGAGGGGAGGGAAAACCUGUACUGGAAGACCAUUCGAGCCUUUCAGUACAUCCACCAGCACCACCUGGACGAGGCCGACUGGUUCCUGAAAGCAGACGACGACACGUUUGUGGUCGUAGAGAAUCUACGCUACGCCUUGUCCAAAUUCGAUCCGGAGAAGCCGUUGUACCUGGGCAGAAGGUUUAAACCCUUCAUCCGUCAAGGCUACAUGAGUGGAGGAGCGGGUUAUGUCCUCAGUAAAGAAGCAGUGAAAAGAUUUGUCAAAGGAUUUGAUACUGGUGAAUGCACCCACUUCUCAACUAUAGAGGACAUGGCUAUGGGCAAAUGUAUGGAGACGAUGAAGGUGGAGGCAGCAGACACCAGAGAUGUGAAAGGGAGACAAAGGUUUCAUCCUUAUCCUCCGGACCAUUACCUGAUCAGACAGCCACCAAGACAACGGCCUUGGUAUCUGAUUUACGACUACUAUCCUCCAAUAGAGGGUCCAGGUUGCUGCUCAGAUUUGGUUGUAUCCUUUCACUACAUUCAUGCUGUCCAGAUGUAUGUUUUGGACUACCUGACACACCAUCUGCGGCCAUAUGGAUACAAACACAGAUUUAAUCCAGAUGAAGGACACACCACACACCAAACUACACCGAGAUCCACUUAACAUGCUGGUGUGUGCACAGCAGCUUCUACAGUAAUUGGAGAAGGGGUUGAGGGUGUUGGCAGGUUGUAGAGCCAAGCUUAACUUACUUACCAUGAUAUAUUAAUAUCUCCUUCAUCAAAACUUUAUGAUUUAAGGCUUUUCAGGAUUUAAAUAUGUUGAUUUCCUCAACCUGCUUAAGUAUUCCUGCCAAGGCCUGAUUUUAAACUGUGAAAACUGUGUUCAUGACAAUUGGUGGUCUGUUUUACCAAGCUGCUACUUUGCACAUCAUAAGAGAUAAAGAAAGGUAAUUUUAAUAUGUGUGCCUUGGGUCUGUCUUGCUUAGUUUUGUAUUCAAUGACAGUCCUAAAAAGUUGUACUGUAGCUCAAGAAGUGUGUCUUUGUCGGGGAACACAUUUGUAUAUGUCAUGUAUGUCAUAUUCUGUGUUGAAGUUAAUGUAAGAAAACAAAGGAUCUAAAUGCCUAACAUAAAAAAAAAUGAUGUAUAAUUGAAGAAAAAGUUGGAUAAAGGGAUGAAAACAGGUUAUGAUACCUGGUUCUUCUGCCAACAGAGCAGCAGUUUUCUCUAUAUGGCCACCUAAAUAAUAAUCUAUGGUCAAAUGUGCGAAAAAUUGUUCCUGAUGGUUGUCCCAUGAUCUGAUUAAGUGACGAGUAGGUGGCCACCAGAGCAUAAAUGUUGUGUGGUCAAUAUGACUAGAUAGGUACUACAAACGCAGUCCAUUUAUCAUUUGACUCUUCUUAGCCGCUAGCAUCAGUUAGUCGCUAGCUUUUGCUAAUGACCGAAUUUCACUGCCUUCCCGGGUUUCACAACAAAGAAAUAAGAGUUAGCAGAACUAUAUUGUCCC